GCCGCAGCCGCCAUCUUAGAUUCCGCGGUAGCGGUGGCGGCUGUAGGGUACCGCGUUUGGGGAGUGGCUCUCCCCUCCCCCUUCCCCCAGUUCGGUGGCGGCGGCUCCUCCCACUGGGAGGGGGGUGGUGCGACGGCAGUGGCAUCUGCGGCCAUGGCGGCGACUGCUGCUAACCCCGAAAUGACAUCAGAUGUACCAUCACUGGGUCCAGCCAUUGCCUCAGGAAACCCUGGGGCUGGGAUUCAAAGUGGAGGAGCCAUUGUCCACAGGGCUAUUAAGCGGCGACCAGGGUUGGAUUUUGAUGAUGAUGGAGAAGGGAACAGUAAAUUUUUGAGGUGUGAUGAUGAUCAGACGUCUAAUGAUAAGGAGCGAUUUGCCAGGUCGGAUGAUGAGCAGAGCUCUGCGGAUAAAGAGAGACUCGCCAGGGAGAAUCACAGUGAAAUUGAACGGCGGCGACGGAACAAGAUGACAGCCUACAUCACAGAACUGUCAGACAUGGUGCCCACCUGUAGUGCCCUGGCUCGAAAACCAGACAAGCUAACCAUCUUACGCAUGGCAGUCUCUCACAUGAAGUCCUUGCGAGGAACUGGAAAUACAUCCACUGAUGGCACCUACAAGCCUUCAUUCCUCACUGAUCAGGAACUCAAACAUUUGAUCUUGGAGGCAGCAGAUGGCUUUCUGUUCAUUGUCUCAUGUGAGACAGGUCGGGUGGUUUAUGUCUCUGACUCAGUGACCCCUGUUUUGAACCAGCCUCAGUCUGAAUGGUUUGGUAGCACACUCUAUGAUCAGGUGCAUCCAGAUGACGUGGACAAACUUCGUGAGCAGCUUUCCACUUCAGAAAAUGCCCUGACAGGGCGUAUCCUUGAUCUGAAGACUGGAACAGUGAAAAAGGAAGGCCAGCAGUCUUCCAUGAGGAUGUGUAUGGGCUCAAGGAGAUCAUUUAUUUGCCGUAUGAGGUGUGGCAAUAGCUCUGUAGACCCCGUCUCCAUGAAUAGACUGAGCUUUGUGAGGAACAGAUGCAGGAACGGACUUGGCUCUGUGAAGGAUGGGGAACCUCAUUUUGUGGUGGUCCACUGCACAGGCUAUAUCAAGGCCUGGCCCCCAGCAGGUGUCUCCCUCCCAGAUGAUGAUCCAGAGGCUGGCCAGGGGAGCAAAUUUUGCCUAGUGGCCAUUGGCAGACUACAGGUAACCAGUUCUCCCAGCUGUACAGACAUGAGUAACGUUUGUCAACCAACAGAGUUCAUCUCUCGGCACAACAUUGAGGGGAUCUUCACUUUUGUGGAUCACCGCUGUGUGGCUACUGUUGGCUAUCAACCACAGGAACUCUUAGGAAAGAAUAUUGUGGAAUUCUGUCAUCCCGAAGACCAACAGCUUCUAAGAGACAGCUUCCAACAGGUGGUGAAGUUAAAAGGCCAGGUGCUGUCUGUCAUGUUCCGGUUCCGGUCUAAGAACCGGGAAUGGCUCUGGAUGAGAACCAGCUCCUUUACUUUCCAGAACCCUUACUCAGAUGAAAUUGAGUACAUCAUCUGUACCAACACCAAUGUGAAGAACUCCAGCCAGGAACCAAGGCCUACACUGUCCAACACAAUCCAGAGACCACAGCUAGGUCCCACAGCUAAUUUACCCUUGGAGAUGGGCUCAGGGCAGUUGGCAUCCAGGCAGCAGCAACAGCAAACAGAAUUGGAUGUGGUAUCAGGAAGAGAUGGACUGGCUGGCUACAAUCAUUCCCAGGUUUCUGUUCAGCCUGUAACAACCACAGGGCCAGAACACAGUAAGCCCCUUGAGAAGUCAGAUAGUCUGUUUGCCCAGGAUAGAGAUCCAAGAUUUUCAGAAAUCUACUCUAACAUCAAUGCAGAUCAGAGUAAAGGCAUCUCCUCCAGCACUGUCCCUGCUACCCAACAGCUAUUCUCACAGGGCAACACAUUCCCUCCUACCCCCCGGCCGGCAGAGAAUUUCAGAAAUAGUGGUCUGGCCUCUCCUGUAACCAUCGUCCAGCCAUCAGCUUCUGCAGGGCAGAUGUUGGCCCAGAUUUCCCGCCACUCCAACCCACCCCAAGGAGCAGCCCCAACUUGGACCCCUAGCACCCGCCCAGGCUUCUCUGCCCAGCAGGUGGCUACUCAGGCUACAGCCAAGACUCGUUCUUCCCAGUUUGGUGUGGGCAGCUUUCAGACUCCGUCCUCCUUCAGCCCCAUGUCCCUCCCUGGUGCUUCAACUACGUCACCUGGUGCUGCUGCCUACCCUAGUCUCACCAAUCGUGGAUCCAACUUUGCUCCUGAGACUGGACAGACUACAGGACAAUUCCAGACACGGACAGCAGAGGGUGUAAGUGUCUGGCCACAGUGGCAGGGCCAGCAGCCUCAUCAUCGCUCGAGUUCUAGCGAGCAACAUGUUCAACAACCAUCAGCACAGCAACCUGGCCAGCCUGAGGUCUUCCAGGAGAUGCUGUCCAUGCUGGGAGACCAGAGCAACAGCUACAACAACGAAGAAUUUCCUGACCUAACUAUGUUUCCCUCCUUUUCAGAAUAGAACUAUUGGGGUGAGGAUAAGGGGUGGGGGAGGAAAGUCACAGUUUGUUUUUAAAAAGCAAAUCUUCCUGUAAAGAGAAUAAAAGUCCCUCUCCCUUCCCUUCCCUCACCCCUAAUGUGUGCCCCUUCCCCUUCUGGCCUUUCCUUGCCUUCCUGCCUCUGAGAAGAAAUGGGGUGAAUCCUGAAGGCUUUGGGGAUCUUUGAAAAACUGAGGCUGGGUGAAGUUAAGAAUGCCUUUCCUUACACCUCCUGACCAGAGAUUUAUGCAGAAAUGAUUUGUGCUAGGGUCAAUAGGCAGGUUAGAGAACCUGACAUCCAUUCAUCCAUUAUUUGCCUUGGAUACUGUGGUUUGUUUUGGAAAGAAAUUCUGAAUACGGUUAGGGGGAGGAGAAAUAUCCUCAUAUCUGAGGACCAUGAAACAUGGUAGGUUACAUAUACCUGUAUGGCUUUAGGAAGUGAGCAUAAGCUCUUUCUGCUGCCUGGUGAGUGAGGAAGUGAGAGAGGGAGAAGGAAAGAGUGUGUGUGUGUGUGUGUGUGUGCGCACGCGCACGCAUAUGCGUGUGGGCACACGUGUGUACGCGGUAUGUGUGUGCACAUGUGUGUUUCUGUGUCUGUUUCUCCCUAUUAGGGAGUUAUGCAAAAUUUGUCUCAGAUUUUAUCUUUGUUUUUCCAUGUAAUUUUCAAAGAGUCCUAAGGAGUUAAUCUUCUAGGUAUUUUCCACUUAGUAUUGCAGCCAAAGAGUAUUUAAAUAAAUGUCUUUGCUGCACUUACAUCUAUGCCCAGCCAAUAUGCAACUGUAAGCAGAUAUAUAAAGUCUUUUGAUGUGGUUGGUCUCUCAUCGAACAUAUUUAGUAGUAAAGCUGGGUCAUUCCCGCUUUUGGUGCUCUCACCUUAUAGAGUAGAUCUGGAAACAUUACAGAUGUUUAGGGUGGGAAGAUAACCCCCUUUUAAAAGCCCCAUACUUGGCCAUACUUGCUGCAUUUUUCUGUCAGAAUCACAUAUGAUGUGUGUUCUGUAGAGGUUAUUUCUGCAUGGAAACUCAACUUCUUGGAUUAGCAGUCCCAGGGAAAUCUUCACUGCUGGAGUUUAAACCAAAUACCAUGUCUUGCAAAGUAGCCUCCUUCAUCCCAUUCCCAGUUCCGUCUGACUAGAAACUGAGACUUGGGUCUGUUUUGGACCUAUAGUUCUUCCUCUUUGCUCCCUCCAAUCUUAAGAUUAGAUUUUGCUAUGAUACAAGAGUAUGAAUCCAUGUGAUAGGUGGGGCCUGGACUCCCAUUCUAACAGGGUCACAGAGUUAACUAUAGCCAUAUAAAUGCAGAUACAGGUUACUACUCUCUCUGUACCUUCCUCAGGUAACAGUCAUGUGUAUCAGCCACUUUUUUUUUUUUUAAUUGGCUCAGGCCAGUAUCUUAAGUGCAAGACUGAAUUAAUAAGGAGAAGACAUAUUAAACGUAGCCAUAGGAGACUGAGGGGCAUAGAUGGCCUUAGAGAGGCUGAGAGAACAUCAUUACUGGGUUUCUCUCCCUUUUGUCUCCAGUCUGGUGCCAGGUAGUGGAGUUGAAAAGGAGACAGUUUAUUUUUUUAUUCUAUGUGCACACAUACCGUAUACAUAUAUAUUUAUAUCACAGUUUAACAAGCCAAAAAGUUGAGUUUCCAAUGGAAUCCUUGUUUUUAAUAAUUGUUUUUAAAUGUGAUCAGGACUAUAAUAUUGUACAGUUAUUAUAGGGCUUUUGGGGAAGGAGAGGGGAGGGAGAAGAUGCUCUGGGGUUUUGUUUCUGCUUUUCCUUCAGGGUUUUAUUUUUGAUUGUUUUUGUUUUUGUUUUUUUUUCUUGUUGGCCAUUUCUGUACUGCUGGCAUCUGUGCUGAGCUUUACAGUGGCAAAAAUAAUGACAUGUAGCAAAGAUUUUAAAACAAAAUAUUUUUUCCUUUUGUAAACGUUCUUGUGUUGUGUGAUCUUGAUUGCGGCUUUAUUAUUCUUUUCCAGCUUGUGAACAACAAAUACCCACCCACAACUAGUUGAAUCCAUAGCUUGAGCUCCAAAUACGCAAACAUAAAGCACAGUGUAUCUAUAAUUUCAGGAUUCAGAAAUCAUAAGGCCUCUGAUCACUCAGCACUCCUUAGUUGUCCUCCUGAUCCUGACUCACUCUGAGUAAAAUCAGCAGGGACAUCUGACCAUGAGAUGGGGGUUGGGAAAUUGCCCAUGUCCUUCAGAGCGGACAAAGAUGAGACUCGAGACCAGUAUGGCACAUCAGAUUCCUUCCCCAAGUAUCUCUUGCUCUCCUGGAAUAAAAGGAAUUAGGGAUGGGGAAAUUUAAACUAUGCAGGUCUGGACUUGGUUUCCCUCUAGGAUCAUGUGGUUCAUUACCAAAUCUUAAAACUUACAGGCAUAAACCUGUGUUCUUGAGGGUCUAUAUGCAAUCCAGCUAGAAACUGAAUCUAUCCUAUGUAUUUUCUGUUCCAAGAACCAUCUUUUCCUCUUCCUCCGCCUCUGUUUAUGGAAGAAAAUGGAAUUUGGGGAUGUGGCUUAGGGACUGAACUAGACUCUUAUGAUCUGUCACAUGCCUGGAUGUUGGGGGAAUCAUUUAGAGAAGCUCAUAUGACUGGUCCUGGAUUGGGGAUUUUAAUAAUUGAAACAUAAUGUUCAGGCAUCCUACCAUCUGAGAGUUUUAGCAACAAAGAAGUCACAUGUGAGUUUGUCAGUGCUAUGCACUGAUUCAAGUGCUGUCAUUAAUAACGAGGAGGGCUGGUUUGGGUUACUUUCAGAACCAGCUUCAUCUGGGCGUUCUGGGCAUAUCCUUCCUCAAGAAAACCGUAUUAGGCUGGGAGAGGUAUUGACAACUUUCAGCCAACAAACUUACAACAUACAAAUGAUUUUUGAGCCUGUGGUUUCCAUUACACUCUUUUCUAGUCUUUCAUGUUUAUUCCUUCAUUCUUGCUGGAUGUCUGACCCUCAGGUCAGACAAAUUUGAAAACUGAGUUUUCGAAGUUGGAGAGAUAACAGGAAAAGGGCAGGAAAAGAUGUAGUCCCUAAUACCAUAAAUACUAUGUUAUAAAGAAAGAUGGAGAAGAUCAGGGCUGUGUCCUAUUAACCAUCAAAGUGAAGGUAAGCCCCAGCUUGAAUAAAUGUGUAUGGAAGUCUUUUUGCCCUCAAAGACAGUCAUGAGAAACUAAAUACCCAGCAACUUUCCACUUUGGUGCACAUACUUGACAUGCACACAAAAACACUGCGUAUCCGCCGCUUCCUUCCCUCUCCGACCCUGCUUCUCUCAGCAUUUCUUUCCCCGCCUCCCUCCCCUAUUCAAAUUUUCCAGCCAACAGCUGGAACUGACUUCCGCAAUCCUAAUGGAAUAAAUCCAGCACCCCUAGUCAUCCACCCACAUUAUCCACACUUCCCUGUCGAAAGGAGCCCGGAGCACAGAACCCCAUCAGCAGGUUAAGAACCAGCUGUCUGGGAAUAUGGCUCCAGCUGUUUCCUCAUCCCAAGCCAGGCUGUGAACCCCUUGGCACACAGAAGAACUUCCCCUAAUUAUCCCCUUUCCCAGGAUGUGGGGACUCAAGAUUCUACUGCUGCUGCCCACAGCGACCUUU